CCACAGAGUGACAAGGUGACAGUGUCCAUACGGGCACACCCCCUGGCAGUGCCACCCACCCACAAAGUGACACCCCCCGGCAGUGCCAUCUCGGGGACACAGCGCCCACAAAAUGACAAGGUGACACCCCGUGGUAGUGGCACCCCAGGUAUACAGCACCCAGAAAGUGACACCCUCUGUUAGUGCCACCCCAGGGACACAGCACCCACAAAGCAACAAGGUGACACCCCUUGGUAGUGGUACCUCAGGGACACAGCACCCAGAAAGUGACAAGAUGACACCCCCUGGUAGUGACACCCCAGGGGCACAGUGCCCAACCACAAAGUGACACCCCCUGGCAGUGCCACCCCAGGGACACAGCACCCACAAAGUGCCACCCCCCCCCCCGUCAGUGCCACCCCGGGGACACAGCACUCACAAAGUGCCACCCCCUGGCAGUGCCACCCCGGGGACACAGCACCCAUAUGGCAGCUCCCUGUGGCGGUGGCACCCUGGGGACCCAGCGCCCGCGUGGUGCCACCCACCGUGCCGGUGCCUCCCGUGAGUCACUGCAGGAGACAUCUGCGAACCCCCGCAUCAGCCACCGCUCCCCCCCCCCUGUUAUGGCACACCAAGACAGCAGCGGGGACAGGGGACAGAGCCCCCACCCCACUGCCCCCAUCCUCCCCAUGGUCGGGGUCCCCCGGGAGUCACUGGGGGACAAAGUCCCGUGGGUAUGGGACGCAGCCCCCCCUCCUGUGACACCCCCCCCCCCCCCCGCGCAGCAGGGCAGGAUCAGUCCCCCACAUCCAGCCAGGUGGCCGAGCUGGUGGCAGAGCGAGCCUGUCCCUGGGGACACGAGGGGGGGGACACCUGCCACGUACGGGGACAGACCCCCCCAAGCCUGGGGACAGUCCCUGCUGUCCCUCAGCUGUGACGGGACAGAAAUUACCCCCCUUGGGGGGGCACCCAGAGGGUCCGGGGGGGCACCAGGCUCAGGAUGCGUGCCUCAGUUUCCCUGCGGCUAGCAGCGGGGGGCACGGGGCCUAGGAUGGCUUUGGCCACGCGGGUAGCACGGGGGGGUGGAGGGGGGGGUCCCCGGUGAGCCCCCGGGCCGUGCCGCCGUGUCCGUGGGCACGGGGCCAGCCCACCCGAGCUCGCCCGCCGCCGCGUGCCCGCGCGCUCCGGCUCGCUGCCUCCCGCUCGCUCCGGCACGGAGGAAAACAAGCGAGCAGCGGCCGAGGAAGGACGCGGCGAGGAGGAGGAAGAGGAGAAGGAGGAGGAGGAGGAAGCAGGGCCUCGCAGCCACCCCACCCCCCCGGCAGCACCCCAUGGACCCCUAGGUGCCGGCCCCCCCAAGUUUGCCAGCAUGGCCAAGAGCACCUCGCUGCGCUGCCGGGUGCUGGAGGGGAAGGAUCUGCCCGCCAAGGACGUCUCCGGCUCCAGCGAUCCCUACUGCGUGGUCAAGGUGGACAACGAGGUGGUGGCCAGGACGGCCACGGUGUGGAAGAGCCUGAACCCUUUUUGGGGCGAGGAGUACACCCUGCGCCUGCCCCGCGGCUUCCGCAGCCUCGCCAUCUACGUGCUGGACGAAGACACCAUCGGGCACGACGAUGUGAUCGGCAAGGUCUCGCUCAGCCACCAACAGAUCUCGGCUCAGCCGCGGGGCAUCGACAGCUGGCUCAGCCUGGCGCCCGUGGACCCCGACGAGGAGGUGCAGGGCGAGAUCCACCUGGAGGUGCAGGUGCCCGAGCAGGGCCACCCGCGGGUGCUGCGCUGCCACCUCAUCGGGGCCAGGGACCUGGCCCCCCGGGACCCCUCGGGCACCUCGGACCCCUUCGCCCGGGUGUCGUGCUGCGGGCACACGCAGGAGACGGCCGUGAUUAAGAAAACCCGUUUCCCGCGCUGGGACGAGGUGCUGGAGUUCGAGCUGGCGGAGGGCGAGCUGGGGGACGCCGUGCUGAGCGUGGAGGUGUGGGACUGGGACAUCGUGGGCAAGAACGACUUCCUGGGACGGGUCGAGCUCCCCGUGGGCGCCCUGGGUGCCACCAGGGGCUGGUUCCAGCUCCUGCCCUUCGCCAGCAGCGCCGAGGAGCCGGGGGGGCGGCUGGGGUCCCUGCGGCUGGCGGUGCGGCUGGUGGAGGACCAGGUGCUGCCCCCCCACUGCUACCAGCCCCUCAUCCAGCUCCUCGCCGAGCCCAUCCGCUGCCCGGGCCAGCCCCCAGCCGGCACGGCCCUGGCCGUCCUGGAGGAGGCGACCUCGGGGGAGAGCCGCCAGGACGUGGCCACCAAGCUGGUGAAGAUCUUCCUGGCGCAGGGGCUGGCCGUGCCCUUCCUGGACUACCUCAUCGCCCGCGAGCUGGCCAGGACCAAGGACCCCAACACCCUGUUCCGCUCCAACUCGCUGGCCUCCAAGUCCGUGGAGAUGUUCAUGAAGGUGGUGGGGCUGCCCUACCUGCACGAGGUCCUGAAGCCCGUGGUGAACCGCAUCUUCGAGGAGAAGAAGUACGUGGAGCUGGACCCCUGCAAGAUGGAGCUGAGCCGCGGCAGGAGGAUUUCCUUCAAGGGGUCCCUGUCGGAGGCGCAGGUGCGGGAGAGCAGCCUGGGGCUGCUGCAGGGCUACCUGGGGGACAUGGUCGAUGCCAUCGUGGGCUCGGUGGAGAAGUGUCCCCCGCUCAUGAGGGCGGCCUUCAAGCAGCUCCGCUGGCGGGUGGAGGAGCAGUUCCCCUCGGCGCAGCACGAGGAGGUGCGCUACUUCUCCAUCAGCGGCUUCCUCUUCCUCCGCUUCUUCGCCCCCGCCGUCCUCACCCCCAAGCUCUUCGGCCUGCGGGAGCAGCACGCCGACCCGCGCACCGGCCGCACGCUCCUGCUGCUCGCCAAGGCGCUGCAGAGCAUCGGCAACCUGGGGCUGCAGCUGGGCAAGGAGCCCUGGAUGGCCCCGCUGCACGCCGUGCUGCUGCCCAGCGUCACCCGCGUCAAAGCCUUCCUGGACGGCCUCGUGGAGGUGGACAGCACCCAGGCGGGCGAGGAGCCGGUGCCGGCGGCACCUUUCGGUCCCUCGGCCACCAUCAAGGAGGGCUACCUGCACGUGCGUGAGGCCGAGGAGCCCUCGCUGCUGCCCCGCUUCGCCUUCAAGAAGAGGUACUUCUGGCUCAGCACCGAGGCUCUGUCCUACUCCAAGUCCCCCGAGUGGCAGGGUCCCCAGGCGCGCUGCCGCAUCCCCGUGCCGCAGAUGCGGGCGGUGGAGCGCGUGGACGAGGGCACCUUCCCGCAGCCCCACGUCAUGCAGGUCGUGGCGCAGGACGGCGCCGGGCAGCUCCGCACCACCUACAUCCAGUGCAAGGGCGCGCAGGAGCUGUGGCAGUGGCUGUGGGCGCUGCGGCAGGCCAGCAGCGCCAACCAGGCCAUGCUGCCCACCUGCCACCCCGGCGCCUUCCGCGCCGCCCGCUGGUCCUGCUGCCUGCAGCCUGCCCGCGCCGCACCCGGCUGCAGCCGGACCCACGGCGCCGUGGCCCUGGGCGAGUGGAGCGACCCCCUGGACCCCGCGGCGGCGGCGCAGAGCCUCUACGGGCACCUCCGGGCAGCGGGGGCAUGGCUGCGGGAGGCGGCAGAGGGGGGGCCCGAGGGCGGCGCGGCGAUGGAGCCCCCGCAGGCGGGGCAGGGAGGUGGAGCCAUCUGGGGGCGGCUGCAGGAGGUGCUGCGGGACCUGGACGUCGCCCACGAAGACUUCGCCCGCCGCCACGGCGUCCCGAGGCCGCCCACGGACACGGACACGGACGGGGACACGGCCCCGCCGCCCGCCACUUGAAGGGUGGCGGCACCGCGGCGCCGGCUGGGACUACAGCCCCCAGCAUGCCCUGCGCCGUCGGGGCCCGGCCGGCCCUGCCCGCUCCGCAAGGCAUACUGGGA